UCUAUAUAAUUCGAUAGUAAUGAUGAAAUCCGAUGGUAAUUCCGAGCGCUACAUUUACUAUCUUUAGUGGUUGUAGUUCUUUCCCAAGGCUUUCUCUAAAGCAUCGAGAGGAAGUAGGAAGGUCUUCUGAAUCUCCAUUGGACCAAAUCGAGCCAAUCAGCAACUCAGAAGAAACUUCUGCGUAGAACUUCUUGGACCACAGAUUUGGAUCUCAUACUUGAGAACAUUUCUGGAGAUACACGUCAUUAAAGAAAGCGCUCGUUUCUUUUACCUGUAGGCCACACGUGUGUAUGGUGUAUGUCGUGACAUUUUUUUUUCUGCACACACACACACACACACACACACACGCGCGCGCAAACAGGCGAGAGAAUAGAGGAGGAUGUAUACAGCCGGGCUGAAUCCCCUUUACGCGUCCAAUUUUAGCCUCUGGUCCGCCUAUUGUUCGGGUGGCUUUGCCAUGGACACGGUGAAAAAGCCUUCGUUUUGCAUUGCCGACAUCCUACAUUUUGGAGACGGCGAGAGCGUGGCUGGAUCUCCAGCGCUCGUCACCCACAUGGGAGCCAGAGCUCAAGUUCAUCCCGCGGCGUCUCCGCUGCGCCCGUCUCCGUUAGCGCCGGACGCGUCCGUGUUCGCCGGGAGAGUGAGCGCAGCGUCUGCCUCCUAUCACAGGCACGGAUUACACUUGACCUCUGUGGCCAGGACCACGUUCUUCUCUCAAUCAGUACCUCCACUUUCUAGCAAAGAUCUCAAGUUCGGCAUUGAUCGGAUACUGUCGACAGAAUUCGAAGCGAAAUCAAAAGAGUCUUCAUCACUCAGAGAUCACACGUCUGUUGUUAGUCCGAACCGCCAGUCAGUGUCCAUGCAGCCGAGCGCAGGGCAGUACUUCACCGCCAUAGAGCCGGGGAUGAGCGACGCAUCCUCCAUUAUAAGUUCAUCCAGACAUUCAGGGCAUCAGUAUCAGGACACUUUCCCAGGGCCCUAUGCAGUCCUUACCAAAGACACAAUGCCACAGACAUACAAAAGGAAAAGGUCCUGGUCCAGAGCCGUGUUCUCCAACCUCCAGAGGAAAGGUCUAGAGAAACGAUUUGAAAUUCAGAAGUACGUCACGAAACCCGACCGAAAACAGCUUGCUGCGAUGCUGGGCCUUACGGAUGCUCAGGUCAAAGUGUGGUUUCAGAACCGCCGAAUGAAAUGGAGACAUUCCAAAGAGGCCCAGGCCCAGAAGGACAAAGAGAAGGAAGAGUCGGAUAAAGCCGAGGUCGAGUCCGAGCACAAAACACGCGACGAGUCCGAGUGCGACUCCGAGCAAAGCGAGUCCGACUUCGACGAUGACGCAGAACAGAAAAGAGAUGUGAACAUGUCAGAAUCGAGCAAACAAAGCGUUAUAAUCGCCGGGCCUCUUCCUGUAGGCCCAGACAUCACACCCUCAUCAAACUCCGUGAAAGAGACUACAGGAUCCACACAGAAACCGUUCUGAACUUUGUUGGAAAAAAUAAAUCAUGAAGACCACUAAAAGCUGAGUUUGAACCCCCGAAGAAGGAGAGGACACACUCCAGGAGGGGAGACAGGCCGGGUUAGGUCAUGCCUGGGACCUCACUCCGACGUGAAAAGUAAAUAUAUCCGGUGAUGUCACUGACUUGCUCCUGUGUAAGGGGGGAAUAUUGUGAAUAUCUUGUGAAUCUGAUCUUGAGCUAUUAUUGUAAAUUGUAAAUAUUCAUCUGAACCACUUCUUGUUCACCUUAUGACCUCUGGGAAUUUACUCAAUGUAAAUGUUAUCUUAAAGUUCAUGACUGUAUUAUAUUUUGUUUGUAGGUAUUUGCACUGAAGAUGUAAAUAAAAGUUUAGCAAUUUUUUCUUACUUGA